AUGGCCCAAAACGGAGAGCAUCAGCUGGUCCAAGUUGAAGAACGUGACAAUUUGGGUAAUACACCAUUGCAUUAUGCCGUCGAACGCGGGGACAAAGACUCAAUGAAAUUUUUGUUAAGCAAUGGCGCCAAUGCAAAUGUGGCAAACAAAUAUGGAUUCACACCUCUGCAUUAUAUUUGCAAGCAAGAACGCGACGAUGGCUUGGCGGAAAUCUUCUUCAAGUGCAGCGACAAAAUCAAUCAUUCGGUUCCAAUCGACACCCAGAACAAGUGGGGUAAAACACCAUUGCACAUGGCUUUGUACGCACGCAACACGAGUGUGGCCGAAUUACUGCUGAGAAGAGGCGCCAAUCCGAAUCUGGUCGACUGGCUUGGAUUCACUCCUCUGCACGUCAUAAGCAAGCACCGUUACAAUGACGACUUUAUCGAAUCAUUCUUCAACAUCAGCGAGGAAAAACAUCGGCUGCUGCAUGUCAAUGUUCGAGACUAUGAGGGUAACAUACCAUUGCACUUGGCCUUGCGUCACGGCCAAAUAAAGUUGGUCGAAUUGCUGCUGAGACGAGGCACGAUCCAAAUAUACCCGAUGCAGGGGGAUUGA